UUAAUUCUCAUCACUCUUACAAUUCCCAGCAAAACAAAAAAAAACAGAAACUUCUCUUAUUUUUCUUUAGAAACUUCUAAUUUCAUUUUAGUUAUGUAAACAUAAGCACCUGAAAGUUAACUAACCACAUAUUUUUCCCUGCAUUAUUUUCAAGAUUACAUUUUUACCUGGAAAAAAAAAACAAGAAAAUGGAUUGUGGAUUCAAUUGGGAGUACAAUUCAUUGAUCAAUGAAUUAAUACAAGGGAUGGAACAUGCUAAACAAUUAAGAGCUUAUUUCAGCUCUGCAACUUCUCCUGAUAAAAUUCAAGAAUUGCAUUUUCAUAUGCAAAUGAUUCUUUCUUCUUUUGAAAAUUCUCUCUCAAUUCUCAAAUGGACUGGUUCAGUAACACAAACCCCAUUACUUAUUGCACCACCAGUAUCAAAUGGUGCACCUGAAUCUUCAAUAUCUGUUGAUGAGAAUCCUAAAAUUGAUGAUCAUCAAGACUUCAGAUAUGUUUCAAAGAAGAGAAAACAGAUGCCUACAUGGAGUGAACAAGUGAGAGUGAGUGCAGAGAAUGGAUAUGAAGGGCCUACUGAUGAUGGAUAUAGUUGGAGAAAGUAUGGACAAAAAGACAUUCUUGGUGCUAAAUAUCCCAGAAGUUACUACAGAUGCACAUAUCGUGCAAUGCAAAAUUGUUGGGCAACAAAGCAAGUGCAGAGGUCUGAUGAUGAUCCUGCACUAUUUGAGAUCACAUACAAAGGUUCACAUACUUGUAACCUAGCUUUUAAAUCUGCUACAACACAAGCAAAAUCACCAGAGAAACAUGAAUUCAAGAAACAAGCCAACAAUCCAAGAAUAAUGCAAUCAAACCAAAUGCUCGCGAACUUACGAGCAAAUUUGAGAGUGAAUACUAAUGGUUUGGACAAAAAAGAGACAACAUGUUCUUUCCCCUUUUCACCUACGUUCUCAGGCUUCGUAGACGAAAAUCUGCAUUUCCAAAUGUCACAAGUUGAUGACAAUUUGGUUGGGGGUCAUUCGCCAUCAUUUGUCUCUCCUACAACCCCCGAAUCAAAUUACUUCUCGUUACCAAUCUGCCAGAUGAAUGGUUCGCGAAGAAUUCACAACUUGCACCAUUCAGAAUCGGAUCUUCAUGAUUUGUUCUCGGCCAACACUUCAUCAACAAGCUCUCCAAUUAUAGGCUUGGAGUUUCCACUUGAACGUGUGGAGUUCGAUCCAAAUUUCCCAUUUGAUAACUCAGAAUUUUUCAGAUAAUAACGUGGAAAAAGGACAAUAAAAACGAAUAGAUUGGCUUUGAUCACUGAUUCUAUUUUUGUAGUAUAGAAGUGCUUGUAUAAAUUAACAAGAAAACUAGCCAAGGAUAGGAACAAGCUAUAAUAUUUGUAUCAAUAGCCUAGUAUUUUUUAACUUCAAGCACAUCCUAGCAAAAGACUGCCUGAAUGUUCAUCAAUUUAAUCAAAGGCAAACAGUCAAGCUUGGUUUUUGUUUA